UACAGAGACGAGAAGUGGCUGCGGAAUUACACGAUGGCACAACAAACAAAGAAGAUUGCAUCCAUUUGUAUCAUAUAUAUGUAUAUAGAAUGUAUAUACACGCAAGUUUAACUAGCAGUAGACAAUAGCAGCAACCGCAACAAUCACGUUUUGUUUAUCUUUACUGACUCUCUCAUUGGAUGGAGUAUAGUCGGCAGCCAAUAGUUGCAGUUGCAGCAAUCACAUUUUGUUUAUGUUUACUGCUUCGGCUUGUUGUAUAGAUUAUGACUACGAUCACAUAAAUGAUUACAUUAUAUAAUUAUAUGAUCGUGAAUUGUAUCUCACUAGUGGUUAUAACGUUAAAAGUUUAUUGUUUAUUCUUAGCUGAAUCAAUAACGUUGAAAGCAACAAAAAUAAUAGAGAAAUUUUCAGGCUAUACCAGAGUUCAUCUCUGGCUAUACAUUAAAUAAAUUUAUCUCAUACCUUCUCAUACAUUGUAUAUGUAUGUGUAUAAUUAUACAGUCAUUAAUAUUUUUCUGAGGUUCUAAUUCUAACGUAUAUGUUGCAUCAAGCAGUGAUUUUAUUUAUAUGAACGAUAAUUCUUUUCACGUGAAAAUGAGUCUCGUUGCAUAUGGAAGUAGCGAUGAAAGUUCAGACGAUGAAAGAAGUAAUUGCAAUACCGAAAUCGAAAAUAGAGUUACUUCAGAGGUUACAGUUUUACACACAAAUCACAAGUUAUAUUUACCUACUUCAGAACACAGUAUAUUUGCAGAAAAAGGUGGUGAAAAUAGUAUUAACAUAGAAAUACCUAAGACAAGCGCAUCAUUAGAAAAAAUACACUUUGAUAAGUUACCUAAACCCAAAAGUAUGAUUACUGAAGCAAAGGAUGUCACAGAAGAAGAUGAUAUACCACCGAAAAAGGAAAUUGAAUUUAAAUCUGAGAGACCAAUAAAAAGGAAUCGAGUUCCAGUUAAAAUAACAGUGCCGUCUGUAUCUGAAUUUAAAGAUGUUGCAAAGGAAAAUGAAUUCAAAUCCAAUAAAGUUGAAUCAUCAAGUGGUAGUAAACUUUUAGUAUUGUUGCCACCACCUAAAGGAACUGAAGUCAAAAGUACCAAUAAUUUAGUACCUAGUGUUAUUAAUAAAGUUGUUAAAGAAUCUAGUCAAAUUACAGUUCAACCUAGCAAAGAUACAUAUAUAAAAGAUUCAAAUAGCAGAAAACUCAUAAAACCUAUUACAACAAAAAGUUCCAUAAGUAUAACUUAUGAUUCAAAUUCUGACGAUGAAGAUGACACAACCAUAGGCAGUGAUAGUAAUUCUGUUACAGAUUUCUUUGCACUAACAACAGCUAAUACUGUUUCAUCUUCCACUUUACCAGAUUCCUUGAAUGUUAAUGUAGAAUUAAAUAACUUUGAUCUAGAAUUUAAAAAUAAUCCUAAAGAAGAUAACAAUUUACCUAAUUGGUCCACUGGUAAUUCUGAUAUAGUUGUAACAGAAAUGAGUAUCAAUAAAUCUCAAAAGACAUUAGUGAGUAACGUCAUGAAUUUACCAAGAGAAGAAAUAUUAUUAAAAAAUAAGACAGAAAUAGGUCCAAAAUUACCACUGCCUGAACAAGAAUAUAAUGUAGAUUCAGAAGGUAAUGUGGCUUUUGAUGAUAAGGCUAUUGAGUACCUCUGUGGGAAAAGAGGAGUGAAACGAAAAUCUAAAGAAAUUGAAGAAAUAAAUAUUAUAGAAAUAAAUGGAGAAGAUAUUAAACCUGAUGAAAGGGAAUGGUUAGUAAAAGCAUUAACAGAAGAGCCUGUACAAAGACCAAUAUCUAUGCAAGGUGGGGGAGUAAGUUCUCAGUCUAAAAAGAAACACCAAAUAACAUACUUAGCACAUCAAGCUAAGGCAAUGGAAAUGGAAUUGAAGAAUCAAUGGGCACAAAAUAGGUUAACCAGAAAACAAACACAAUCAAAAUAUGGUUUUUAAAUAUAGAAGACUUGUAUUAGAUAUGUUUGUACAUACAACAUUUUUUCUUUGUUAUUGUAUAAAAGUGAAAAAGUUAUAAAGUAAGAUAUUGAUUAACAA